GAGAGAUAUCAGCAGGAGGAGGAGGAGGAGAGAAGUCAAAGAGAAAGAGGUCCACGCUUAUCUUUCUUUCUCUUUCUCAUCUCUGUCUUCAAAUGGAAGGCGGUGGAGACGACGGUGACGUAAUCAUACCGCUUCAUACUCAUGAAGAUGAAACGAUCGUCGAUCCUCACUCCGGUCAUCCGCCUCAGGAUUCCGAUGACCUUUCUCCUCUUCCGGCCACCUCCACUGCCACCGCUGUCCUCACCGAUGAUCUUCGUGACAAGAUCAUCAAACAGGUGGAAUACUAUCUGAGUGAUGAAAAUUUGAGAACUGACAAGUUCUUGUUGAAAUAUCUUGCAAAGGACGAGGAAGGAUACGUUCCUGUUGCAGUUAUUGCAUCUUUUAAGAAAAUGAAGAAGCUGACACAUCACAAAUCUCUAGUAGUAGAUGCGCUAAAGGAGUCUUCUCUUCUGACUUUAAGUUCAAAUGAGAAGAAGGUCAAGCGAGUUCACCCUUUUCCAUUGAGCGAGGUUUUGGAUCCAGAGCUAUGUACUGUUCUAGUAGAAAAUCUUCCAGAGGAUCACACAAUAGAGAACAUGAAGAAGAUAUUUAGUAGCGCCGGAAUUAUCAAGAAGAUUACCGUUCAUAAAGAAAAUGCUACAAGGGAUCCGAGAAAAUGCAGUAUUGAGGAGAAGCUCCUGAUUGGUAAGUUGCAUGCGGUUGUCCAAUAUGAGACUAUUGAGGCUGCUGAGAAUGCUGUUGCUACUUUAAACAAUGAGCAAGACUGGCGCCAUGGCAUGCGAGUCAAGCUUCUCAAGCGCAGGGUGAAGAAUGCACAGAGAAAAAAAGGUCAUGAUUCUGACAAGAAAAGUAAUCAUCAAGCAGAUUCACCUGGGGGUAAAGAGAAUCAACAAUCAAGUGAGCACCAUGAUGACAUUCUGAAUGAAGAGCAUGAAACUCAUAACGGAGAGCAUCAAUCAAAGGAGAAAAAUGGAAAUAGGGGUCAAAAUCGGAGGCGUCCUCGGAAGCAGCAGCAGCAAGGACAUAAUGGCAUGGGCCAUGGUACACUGGUCCACAAUCAUGGGGGUGAAAUAUCAAAGCCCCCUCCUGGACCAAAGAUGCCAGACGGUACUAGAGGAUUCACAAUGGGACGUGGACGACCUCUCAGUUGACACUUAAAACCAGAUUCUGUCGCCAGAUAUCGUCUUUUAUGCAUGGUAUAUAUUAUGCUGCAGGGAAUGGAAUUGUUAUCUGGAUCAGGAAAGUCACAAAAUGUGUAGUUAUUUCAAAUCUAUUAUCAGAAUAUGGCUCAGUCUAUACUUUUGUGAUGCUGUGUAACAUGAAUGCUUAAGCUAAUGGGUGAUCUUUGUUUAUGGUUU